ACUUUUGAAAUAAAAAUAAAUAAAUACAUAAAUAAAAAUUAAUAAAAAAAAAAUCAAUUCGUAUAUAAUGAUUUUUCGGAGACUUUCGUCACCACGGUCUUUUAGUUGUCUGAGGCAUAACAUACGAAGACCACUGCUGCGCAAUUACUCCGACGAUAAAUGUGGCGGAAAGGAUGGUGGCAGUGACAGUAAGGCGGACCUGCGUACAGUCGUUGCCGAACAAGUCAAGUCUGAGCGUGCACGAGUUAAGAAGUUCGCCGUAGAGAAAGCCAAUACGAAAAUCGGUGAGGUCACGGUCUCGCAAAUUUAUGGCGGUAUGCGUGGCAUACCGGCAUUACUUUGUGAGACUUCCAGCCUGGAUCCCGAAGAAGGUAUUCGUUUCCGUGGGCUCACCAUACAGGAUCUGUACGAUAAAUUGCCAAAGUUGGAGUGUGGUGAGGAGCCUCUACCGGAGGCAGUAUUUUGGCUCCUGAUGACGGGUAAAAUACCCUCAAAGGAACAGGCGAAAAUGAUAACAGACGAGUGGAAUGAUAAAGCUGAAUUGCCGGAUUAUGUUAAGAAACUGAUAGACGAUAUGCCAACCGAUUUGCAUCCAAUGUCACAGCUAUCGAUUGCCGUCACCUCGCUCAACAAGGACAGUCAAUUUAUGAAAGCCUACAAGAAGGGUCUCAAGAAACUGGAUUUUUGGAAGUAUUCCCUGGAGGACACCAUGACAUUGAUUGCCAAAUUGCCAAAUAUAGCGGCGCGCAUUUACCGAAACAUGUAUCGUGGCGGCAAGGGUUGUGAUGAGAUCGAUAAGAAAUUAGACUGGUCCGGCAAUUUUGCACGCAUGAUGGACUAUGAAGAUCCCAUAUUUCAUGAGCUCUUGCGUCUAUAUUUAUCAAUACAUUGCGAUCAUGAUUCGGGUAAUGUGUCUUCUCACACCACCCACUUGGUGGCUUCAGCACUGAGCGAUCCAUUCAUUUCGUAUGCUGCUGGUUUGAAUGGCUUAGCGGGUCCGCUACACGGUUUAGCCAAUCAAGAAGUACUAGUGUGGAUUGAGAAAAUGCGUAAAGAGUUGGGUAGCGAAAAUCCACCAGAAGACCAAGUUAGAGAUUAUGUACAGAAAACACUGAAAGCGGGUCAAGUAAUACCUGGCUUUGGCCAUGCAGAGUUGCGUAAGAUCGAUCCACGUUAUACGGCCCAACAAGACUUUGCCAAAGUAUAUUUGCCGAAUUACGAAGGAUUCUUGCUGGUUAAUACCAUUUUCAAAGUGGUGCCACCGAUACUCGAGUCACUGGGCAAAGUGAAAAACCCCUGGCCAAAUGUGGAUGCACAUUCUGGCACUUUGUUAAUGUAUUUCGGCAUGAAGGAAAUGCAAUUCUACACGGUGCUAUUUGGUGUUUCACGGGCGCUUGGUGUUUUAUCGUCGAUUACCUGGCACAGAGCGUUCGUCAUACCCAUUGAGCGACCGAAAAGCUAUACUACCGAAGACCUCAUGGAGUUGGUGAAGAAACAAGAAGAGGAAGAGCAGAAGAAUAGCGGAAAAGGUGGUAAGGACGGCGAUAAAAAGGCUGAUAAAACUAAAAAAUGUUAAACAGUUUUGAGGAAAUGGGCUGGGGUAUCUUGCUUCGGUUGAAAAAUAUUAAUGUACUAGUAUGUAUGUAUGUUAGAAAGAACUGAGAAACUGGAAUAACUUUACUGUGAUUGUACUUUCUUUGUAAGAAAAAUAAACGGCUGCACACUUUGAAAGGAGUCGCCCCUUGGCAAGGAAAA